UGUCUACGUAUCAUCAACUACUCUCCAAUACUUUUCUCCUCCAACCUCUUCUCUCUCUCCUGCAUAAUCUGAAAACCUGUUUCAGAGAUAAUCUAAGUAAGAACAAACAGACAAAAUCAAAUACAGAGAAGAUAUAUAGGCGAUACUUAUUAGGAACUCAGUUUUUACCUUUCAAUUGUAAUUUGUAAUGGAGAGGCUUAUCUUUACCAAUUCUUCACUUCCCUCGUCUAAACUCCACCACCUUAAGCCCUUUCCUCGUCUUCCCCAACUCCAAUUCUCCGUUCCAAAGUUCCAAACUCUGCCCUCCCUAAAACGUGUUGAGUAUCGUGGGUCCAAUUCUCGUUCUUGCAAAUGCAUUCAUGACCAGUUUUCAACUUCUGGUUCGUCGUCCCCUUCUUCUAGAUUUAAUGAUGGGCUUGUGGGUUAUUCGUCUACAUCGCAGGAUUUUCCAGAUGGGUCGGGUUCGAAGCCCCAUUUCCUCAAAUGGGUUGCUGAAACUCUGUCUCAGCAACAUAAGGUGGUUUCUGCAAGUACAGUAGUCCUACUCUCAGCAAUGCUGGUUAUGCUUCUCCACCCGCUCAUUGUUUCACCUGCUUUUGCUAGUUUUCCGGGUGCAGCUAAGACUGGGGGUCCAGCUGCAGCAGCAGUGGGAAGUCAACUCGUACGUAAUGAACUACUAACAAGCGCAUGGGCUGGUUUCUUUGCCGGUUGCCUUCACACCCUGUCAGGUCCUGACCAUCUUGCUGCUUUAGCACCUCUCUCAAUAGGCCGUACGCGGAUGGAGAGUGCGGCAGUUGGAGCCCUCUGGGGCUGUGGUCAUGAUGCUGGACAGUUGAUUUUUGGGCUGUUGUUUCUUCUCUUAAAGGACCGACUCCACAUUGAAGUUAUUCGUACGUGGGGGACGAGAGUAGUUGGCUUCACUCUUCUUGUCAUUGGAGCGAUGGGAAUUAAGGAAGCAUCUGAAGUUCCUACUCCAUGUGUUGCCCUUGAAAAUGGUGAGUGUGAUGUUAGUGUAUAUGAAGGCAUUGACACCCCCGUCGUCGGGAAGAAGAAAAAGAUAGGCUUGGCAACUUUUGCCACUGGAAUUGUCCAUGGGCUGCAACCGGAUGCACUGUUGAUAAUCUUGCCGGCACUUGCUUUGCCUUCACGCACGGCUGGUGUUGCCUUCUUGUGUAUGUUCUUGGUCGGUACUGUUAUAGCAAUGGGAAGCUAUACCGUCUUUAUAGGCUCGUGUAGUCAGGCACUGAAGGAUAGAGUUCCUAGAAUAACCGAGAAGCUCACUUGGGCUUCUUCUCUAAUAGCAAUAGGCUUAGGUCUUGCAAUUAUCAUCAGUCAAUUUUUUGGUUUUAGCCUGUAUUAGUUGGAAUCCGGCGUUACAUUAGUUUACAUUCAGUAUUAGGGGAUGUCAUUUGAUGAGGAUAUCAUUCAGCGGGGUGGAUUGUAACAUUCACAAGUUAUGAGUUAUAUAUAUUAUAACAAUUUGAAGAUUUUCUUCAGCU